AUGCGUUUGUCGGUUGGAUCCAGUAGCUCAAACAUCGAGGAGAUAAACGAAUUUGGUAAAUGGCUUCUUGAGAUCGGCGAAGGUAAUGUUGGUGAUUCUAACGAUGGUGAUGCAAAUAUUGAAAUACCUGCUCAUCUCUUAAUAACUGAUGAAAAUGAUCCAAUUCAAGGUUUGAUUGACUUUGUAUAUCCUUCAGUUCUUCAUCGUUAUAAAGACCAUGGCUACUUUUCUAAGAGAGCUAUACUCGCUCCUAAGAAUGAAGUUGUUCAUGAGAUAAAUGACCGUUUUCUUGCUUUGUUUCCCGGUGAAGAAGUAGAGUAUCUUAGCUCUGAUAGUUUAUGUCCGACUGAGGAAAUUAACGAUCCGUUACAUCAAGAUUUGUAUAAUCCAGAUGUGUUAAACAGUAUGAAAGUAUCAGGGUUACCAAAUCAUAGAUUGGUAUUAAAAUUGGGUGUUCCGGUUAUGCUUUUGAGGAAUAUUGAUCAGCAAAACGGUUUGUGUAAUGGUACGCGUCUUCAAAUCACACGUCUUGGUAAACGUGUUAUUGAGGCUGAGAUCUUAUCAGGAAGUAAUGUUGGUUCAAGAACUUACAUCCCAAGAAUUAGCAUGAUACCAUCUGACAAGAAAAUACCCUUCAAAUUUCAACGAAGGCAAUUUCCAAUAACCGUAUUGUGA